AUGAGGUCCUCCCUCCUACUCGGCGCCCUCGCCGGCGCCGUGGCCGCCCAGCAGGCGGCGUGGCAGCAGUGCGGCGGCACCGGCUACAGCGGGGCCAAGACGUGCGUCUCGGGCUACACGUGUGUCGUCGUCAACGAGUGGUACCACCAGUGCCAGCCCGGCUCGUCGAACCCCGGCAACCCGGGCGGCGGCGACCCGGGCACGCCCAACCCGGGCAACCCCGGCGGCGGCAACGGCAAGUUCACCUUCUUCGGCACCAACCAGGCCGGCGCCGAGUUUGGCGACAAGAUAUUCCCGGGCCGCUGGGGCACCGAGUACAUCUUCCCGGACACGUCGACCAUCGAUAGCCUCAUCAGCCAAGGAUACAACACGUUCCGCAUCUGCUUCUCCAUGGAGCGCCUGGUCGAGACCAAGAUGACCAACGCCUUCCACCCUGCCUACCUCCGCAACCUGACGGCCGUCGUCAACCACGUCACGUCCAAGGGCUCUUACGCCGUGCUGGACCCGCACAACUACGGCCGCUACUACGGAAACAUCAUCACCGACACCUCGGCCUUUCGUACCUUCUGGGUCAACCUGGCGGGGCAGUUCAAGAGCAACUCCAAGGUCAUCUUUGACACGAAUAACGAAUACAACACAAUGUCCCAGGACCUGGUGCUGCAGCUCAACCAGGCCGCCAUCAACGGCAUCCGGGCGUCGGGCGCCACGUCGCAGUACAUCUUCAUCGAGGGCAACCAGUGGUCGGGCGCGCACAGCUGGGUGGCGACAAACGACAACAUGAAGGCGCUCACGGACCCCAACAACAAGAUCGUCUACGAGAUGCACCAGUAUCUCGACUCGGACUCGUCGGGCACGUCCGAGGCCUGCGUCAGCGGCCAGAUCGGCGCCCAGCGCCUCGAGGGCGCCACGGCCUGGCUGCGCGCCAACAAGAAGGUGGGCGUCAUCGGCGAGUACGCCGGCGGCGCCAACGACAACUGCCGCACCGCCGUCAAGGGCAUGCUCGACCACAUGAAGGCCAACUCGGACGUGUGGAUGGGCGCCCUCUGGUGGGCCGCCGGGCCCUGGUGGGGCACCUACAUGUACAACCUGGAGCCGCCCAGCGGGACGGGCUACCAGUACUACAACUCGCUGCUCAAGACAUACAUCUAA